AUGAAACAAAACGAUACUGAAAAUCGACUUCCUAACUUAAGGGCUAUAUUUGCCCACAAAGCAUUCAGCGCGAGGGGAGACACGGUCAAUUGGAAGGAAAGCCAAAAGCAGCUUAUUAGUCAGAAUUCGUUACCUUUAAAGGAUGCUCUAGAUGAGCUGUGCUCGCAGGCCACCGCACACUUGUCACUCACCUUCGACCUCCCCAUAAGCGCAUUUGCUGACCUCGGGGCCUCCACAAAAUAUUUUUAUAGUUCGGAAGGUCCUCAUCCCGAUCCCACAACAAUCAAAGUGAAAGAUUUGCCCAGACACGACCAAAUGUUUGUCUUGAUCACCCCUCCGGAUAACCGGGAAGGCAAAGCCUUCGAAGACGGACUCGAGAUCACGAGCCUUUCAAAAAUAUAUAAUAUGAAGGCAGAACGUAACAUUCUAACCCAAGAAAAUAAAGAGCUGCAGAAAAGAGUUGAUGAGAUGGCCGCCUCAAAGGACAAAGACUCGGCGCAGAAAUCAUCAUUGAACAAAAAGGGCAUGACAACAGUCGACAAUGCUACUGACACGACUGGAACCCAAGCCCAGCCUGUCGACAAUCAUGAGCGACUUGAUCUCUUGAUGAAGAAGAUUGAAUCGUUCCAAGGUCGUUUUGAGGACGUAAUGGAAAGGCUGGAUGAGGAGACUCAAGAGCGCAAGGUCCUAGAUGAGAUGUAUCAGGCCUCGGAAAAAAAGCAUCGUGCUUCAGAAGAAAAGUAUCGUGCUUCAGAAGAAAAGUAUCGUGCUUCAGAAGAAAAGUAUCGUGCUUCAGAAGAAAGGCAUCGGGUCGUCUAUCGUGCUUCAGAAGAAAAGCAUCGUGCUUCAGAAGAAAGGCAUCGUGCUUCAGAAGAAAGGCAUCGGGUCGUCAAAGAAAGAUUGGAUCAGGAGAUUGAAGAACGCAAGGCGGCCGAAGAAAAGUUGGAUCGGGAGAUUGAAGAACACAAGGCGGCCCAAGAAAAUUUGGAGAAGGUCACGGAUGAGCUUAAAUAUUCCCAAAAAGAACUUAGAGAGUUCGUUUUGCACUAUACUCCUGUCCAACUACGCGUGCUCGUCGAUUUUGCACGAGAAAAAAUCGCAGAACUCAACCACUCCAAAGACUGGCGCACUUUUCGUGAUGAUAAAAAUACUGCAGCCCUCCGUGCUGAAGUUGCCCAGGUAAUUCGGGAAUCAUCAUCGUCCCAUUCACUUUCUGGUGAAUCUAUCGAAUUCCUUUGCAUUACCAAUGCUCUCCGGUUUGAAGGUAACAAGGCCGCUCAUAACGCAAGGUCAAGGGACAUAUAUAACGCUGUGUCGAGGCAGCAACUGGAUUCGAAGGAUCGAAGGUGUCUCGAAGAGAUAUAUGAGUUCGUAUUUGAACAUGAGACAUCGACGUCGGACUGA